AUGCGGGAACCGACACCAGAACCUGUACGCGAACCAACUCCAGAACCCAUGCCGGAACCGACGCCAGAACCUGUACGCGAACCAACUCCAGAACCCAUACGGGAACCAACACCAGAGCCUGUACGAGAACCAAGUCCAGUCCAAGCACGAGAAGCAUCUCCAGAACCCCCUGUAGAACCACUGUCUCAGCCGUCAGCAGAGUCACCCUCCAGUGUUCAGCUGUCAGCGCAGCUGGACCUUUUCAAAUACGAUGAAUCUGCCAAUGAUUCAGUUCCUUCCCUGGGAACUACGGUCAUGUCUCCUCCUUGUUCUCCACCAGGCCCAGUGUCUCCUGUCAGAGAGCCACAGAAUGCCUCCUCUCUGCUGGACAUGGAUAUCCAGUCUGACCCAUGGGACAGGAACGAGUCCCUGACCUCAUCUGACUUUGCUUCCCAGGGCGCAGUCAAUAUGAUGAACUUCCAGACAGAAGAGGAAAGGGAGUAUAAAGAACACUUUGAGGCAGAGAAGACAAGGGAGGAGGAGGAAGAGGGGGAGGAGGAGAAGGAGAACCUCUUUAUGCCCACCUCCACAGUUCCAUCUGCAGAGGCCUUUAAUAUGAUGGCACAGCCUCACUUGUUGGGCACCUCGCCCAUGGAUGACUUCACCUCCAGGGACUUGAUCUCCCCUAAUGAAAAGGAGGAGGCAGUGGAGAAGGCUGAUGAAGAGAUCAAUGAGGAUGAUGAUGAGGAGGAGGAUGAUGAUGAGGAACAGAGGAGACUAGGCCAUCAGGCCUUCAUCUAUGAUCACUGACAUGAGCAUGUCU